AUGGUUUGCCCCUUUGCAGCCUUCAACAGUUCUUCUGCCGUUUCCCUCCAUUCUUUUCGUCUGCCUCGCGAGGGGACGGCCAUGAGCGGGGCCGCUGGAGUCCUGCGGACCAGCCGGAGCGUGGGCGCCGCGGGAGCGAAUUUCUUUUGCCUGAGGAUGGCUCUGUGUGCCUUGCAGACCGCACGCAUCCCGGUCAGGGGUGGCUGGCCCUUCACCCGCGUGAGUGUGAUGGCGACCGUCAAGGGUGAACAGAAUUUCACUUCGGAGGAGGCCGUUCAUUGCAAUAAAAUCUCCAUUAUAGGAGCUGGAGCCGUUGCUUUGGUAGCAAUCAGCGUCUUAUUAAAAGGUUUCAGUGAUGAACUUGCCUUUGUGGAUGUUGAUGAAGGCAAAUGGACUGGUGAGACAAUGGACUUCAUGAAAAUGCCAAACAUUGUUUCUAGCAAGGAUUACCUUGUCACUACAAACUCCCACAUAGUGAUUAUCAUAGCAGGUGCAUGCCAGAUCAAAGGAGAAACACGCCUUGAUUUAGUCCAGUGAAAUGUGUCCAUGUUUAAAUUAAUGAUUCCCAGUAUUAUCCAAUACAGUCCAUGCUGCAAACUGAUUAUUGUUUCCAAUUCAGUGGGUAUCUUAACCUACGUAGCCUGGAAGUUGAGUGCAUUUCCCAAAAACCGUGUUCUCGGUAGUGGCUGUAAUCGGGACACUGCCCAUCUCCAUUUUGGGCAGAGGCUUGGUAUCCAUUCUGAAAGCUGUCAUGUGUUGGUCCUGGGAGAGCAUGGAGACUCGAGUGUUCUUGUGUGGAGGGGAGUGAACAUUGCUGGGGUCUCUCUGAAGGACCUGAACUUAGAUACAGGAACUGAUAAAGAUCCUGAGCAGAAGGGAAAGUCCACAGAGAAGUAUGGCUAUGAGAUGAUUAAAAAGAAAGGAUAUACUUCUCGGGGUGUUUCCCUGUCUGUGGCUGAUUUAAUGGAAAGUAUUUUGAAGAAUCUCAGGAGAAUACAUCAAGUUUCCACCAUAAGUAAGGGCGUCUAUGGAAUAAAAGUAGUAGUAUCCUUAGUUCCUUGUGUCCUGGGAGCACUGAAUGGUGUUACAGAUCUCAUAAAGGUCAAGCUGACCCCUGAAGAGGAGGCUCGUUUGAAAAAGAACUGGGAAAUUCAGAAGGAGCUCAAGCUUUAA